ACACUAGGCAUAAAUAGGUUAAUAGUAACAUGUCCCUUUCACAGGUGAUCGUGGACAAGGCUUAUCAGGCGGAGAUCGACAGGAUUGCAGUCAACUGCUCCUUCGUUGCAAAGGGCUGCACCUGGUCUGGCUGCCUCAGGGAUCUACAGAUACACCUCUCAGACUGCCGCUUCAAACUGCUCAAGUGUCCGAACGGCUGCGGCAUGAAGCUGGAGAAGGUGUUGCUCCAUAAUCACAUGACUGACGAGUGCAACAAGCGACACAUCAAGUGCGAGUUCUGUGCAGUCAGACUGAUAGCCGAAAAUGAGACAAGCCACCUGGGUGUGUGCGGAAAGUUCGUGCUUCCCUGCCCGAACAGGUGCUCGAACGGGAAGGAGGUUCGCAGGGAGGAUCUGCAGGAACACCUCGACCACGCAUGCUCCAGACAGAAGAUCAAGUGCCCGUUCUGGGACGGCGGAUGUAAAUACACAUGCAAGCGGAAGCAUAUGGAUAAGCACAUAAAGGAGGACCCGAUCGUGCAUCUGGGCAUGGCCUGCGACACCGUCAUCCUACACCGCCGCGAGCUCGAGCUGCAUGCCAAGACGCUCGAGAAACACCUGCAGCAGAUAACGGUUCUGGAGCGGAAGGUGGAUACACUGGAGAAACUGUACGGGUGUCAGCUGGUCUGGAAAAUCGAGGGCUGGGAGGACAAGGUGCACGAGGCAAAACUGGGCCGCAAAGCGACGCUUUUCAGCCCGCCUUUCCUCACUAGCCGCCAUGGUUACAAGAUGGCGCUGUCUCUGUGCCCGUACGGAGACGGCAAAGCACGGGGCAAGUUCCUGUCCAUAUUCGUUUGCAUCUGCAAAGGCGAAUACGACCCACUGCUGCUGUGGCCAUUCCGUCAUCGUGUUACAUUCACCCUGAUUGACCAGUGCCAGGACCCGGAUGCUCGCAGGAACAUAAGUUACAACAUUCAGCCGAACACGAUCAAAGACAACAAACCAUUUCUGGGGCGACCUGUUGGGGAGAGAAAUGCGUCUUUUGGGGCACAGAAGUUUGUGGAGCUACCGGUAUUGGACACGUUUGAUUACAAACGAGACGACCAGAUCUUCAUCAAGGUCGAGGUCGACAGUGAAUUUAUGAUGCUUUUGUGAAUGAAAAAUUAAAUAUAAUUGACGCGGGCUAAAAUAGUUCAGUAAAGCUUGUAAGAACAGAUAUAGAUAUUCCAAUAAUUCUAUGUUAAUGAAAUACCCCGUUAUUAUUUUAUAAUAAUUUAAACUCUCUUAUCCUUUUGCGACGCAAUUUGUAUGUAAACGAUUGCUUUCAUGUUUGCUUUGAAGUUCACAUGCACUUAAUUUAACCCUUUGAAUGCUGGGAAAUUUGUCAUCUGCUAAAAUGUCGUCUGCUGAAUUUCUAAAAUUAGCCAUUUCUUCGAUUUUUUUUCAAAGAAUACUAUCAGAAUAGCAAACAGUUUGGAUCCUGAUGAGACGCCACGUUCUGUGGCGUCUCAUCUGG